AUGAAUCUUUUAAGCUGGAACUGCCGGGGAAUUGGGAGCUCCCGGAAAGUUCAUGACCUUUGCCUUUUGGUGAAGGAGAAUCAUCCCAAUAUUUUGUUUAUUAUGGAAACAAAAUGUAAGAAGCCAAAGCUGGAGUUUUUACGGGUUAAGCUGGGGUAUACGGGUCUUUUUGUGGUGGACCCAGUGGGGUGUAGUGGUGGUCUUGCUCUUCUUUGGAGGACUGAUGUUCAUCUGGAAAUACAAAACUUUUCAAUAAGACAUAUUAAUUCUAUUGUCAAGCAGGAAGGCAGUAACAAUUCUUGGAAGCUUACAAGUUUUUAUGGGCAUCCUGAUUGGACGAAGAGACAUGAGUCAUGGGCACUCUUGCGCCAUUUGCAGAAUUUUAGCCCAGAGCUGUGGUUGGUCAUAGGUGAUUUUAAUGAGAUUGUGUCACAAGCUAAGAAAUUUGGGACGGUUUUGACAAGAGAGGGGCAGAUGGCUGCAUUCAGGGAGGCUCUCCAAGACUGCUCAUUGGCUGAUUUGGGUUAUAGAGGGUCUUUGUUUACAUGGACCAACUCAAGGUCUAGUGACCAUAAACCGAUUUGUUUGCGGCUGGGUGAAGAGGAGGAGAGACAGGCAGUAUACUCCAAAAAAUUCAAAAUAGAAGCAUCAUGGAUGGUUGAUGAAGAAUAUCAGCAGGUAGUGGAAAAUGCUUGGGUCAGUGGUGUGUUGGGUGGGUCCAAAAUGCAGCAGGUUAGGCAGAAAUUGGCUUCUUGUCAAGCUGAUUUAUCUUCUUGGAGUAAACGUAAAUUUGGAGAUGCUACCAAGAAAAUUAAACAAAAAACACGACAGCUGGAAUUGCUGCAGAGAGAUGAGGGACCGGGAAACUAUGAGGCUAUAAAUAUGCUUAAACAGGAGAUUGAUUUUAUAAUGGAGCAGGAGGAUAUCAAAUGGAAGCAAAGAUCAAAACAUAAUUGGUAUCAACAUGGGGACCGGAACACUCCUUUCUUUCAUGCAUGGGCAAGCCAUAGAAGGAGAAUUAACCAGAUUAAGCAGGUUAUGGAUGAGUCUGGGACCUUGUGGAAGAAGUCGAAUGAGAUUGGUGCGGCUUUUGUUCAUUUCUACACAGAAUUAUUUACAGCCGGGGAAGUACAAAGGGUGCAUGAGUGUUUGGAAGGAAUGGAUGCCCGAGUGACGGAGGAGAUGAAUGAAGCACUUACUAGGACCUUUACGGUGGCUGAAGUGGAGUUUGCUCUAUACCAAAUGCAUCCAUCGAAAUCACCGGGUCCAGAUGGCUUCUCAGCUUGUUUUUAUCAAAAUUCUUGGCAUACGGUGCAAGGAGAGGUAUGUCAGGCAGUGCUUGAUUUUUUCAACUUUGAUGUUUUUGAUAAGGAUAUCAAUGCUACCAAUAUAGCUCUUAUUCCAAAAGUUAGCAACCCUACUAAAAUUACAAAAUUUCGGCCAAUUACCCUUUGUAAUAUCAUUUACAAGCUUAUUGCUAAAGUGUUAGCUAAUCGAAUGAAGAGGGUGUUACCUACUAUUAUCUCCUCUACCCAGAGUGCUUUCAUACUAGGUAGGCUCAUUACGGAUAAUAUACUGGUGGCAUUUGAAGCACUACAUACUAUGGAUGGCAGAAUGAAGGGGAGAGAGGGUCAUAUGGCGUUAAAAUUGGACAUGAGCAAAGCCUAUGACAGGGUGGAGUGGGAUUUUUUAGAGUUGAUAAUGUGUAAGAUUGGAUUUAGUGAUAGGUGGGUCAAAUUGACCAUGACUUGUGUUCGUACUGUUUCUUAUGCAGUGGUAGUUCAUGGGCAACCUUAUGCAAAUUGGUCCGAGUGGGUGCAUAUUCAGGAGAUUUUGGAUAUCUAUGAGAGAGCUUCAGAUCAGAAAUUGAAUAAGGCUAAGACUUCUCUGUUCUUUAGUAGGAAUACUCAUGCAGAUACAAGAGCUCAUAUCUUAUCUCUUGCAGUGGUUUCUUCCACCCAAAGGUAUGAGAAGUAUUUAGGGCUUCCUGCUUUAAUUGGUAGAUCGAAGGGGCAUAAGGAGAAUGAUUCUAAAAUGGCUUGGAUGAGUUGGAAGAAACUUGGAAGGGCAAAGGAGAAAGGUGGGAUGGGGUUUAGAGAUUUGGAAUGUUUCAAUGUAGCUCUUCUUGCUAAGCAGGGUUGGAGGCUUAUUCAUAAUACUGAUUCUUUGGUUGCGCGGAUUCUACAGGAGAAAUAUUAUCCUAAUGCAUCAUUUCAAACAUCCAAUUUAGGGAGAAGACCCUCAUACGCAUGGAGGAGUAUUUGGUCAUCCAAAAAGCUUCUACAAGAAGGCAUGAUGUGGCGAGUAGGUGAUGGUAAGUCAAUCAAAAUCUGGCACGACCGGUGGAUCCCUUCACCAGUUACUUAUGCAGUACAAUCUCCUGUUCAUAUUUUGGAGUCUGAUGCUAGGGUGUGCUCCUUGAUUGACGAAAAUACUAAAUGGUGGAAUAAGGAGUUGGUUUAUAAUAUUCUUUGCAAAGAAGAAGCAGAUAUUGUAUGUAGUAUGCCUAUAUGUCCUAGACAACAAGGUGAUUGCAUGGUGUGGGCAGGCUCUCGAAAGGGAGAUUUUAGUGUGAGAAGCGCUUAUCAUUUUGCUAAGUCUAUGAUGGAAAAUGGCACUGCUAGCAGCAGCUCGAGUACGGAACAGAGCACUCAAGUAUGGAGGGAUAUUUGGCGUGUGCGAGGUCCUCGUGUCUUAACAUCUUUCCUUCGGAAAUUACGCACAAAUAUUUUGCCCACAAAAGCUAAUUUGCAUAGAAAAGGUGUGAUUGAAGAUCCCACGUGCCCCAUCUGUAAGCUGGAACCCGAAACAGUAAGGCACGUCCUCUGGAAUUGUCCACCAGCUUCAGGUGUCUGGCUUGAAUGUCCUGCACGGAUUCAAAAAUGUAUUGUGGUUGAGGAUUCUUUUCUAAACAUUUUUCAGCAGAUGCGUGAUAAGUUUGGUAUGAAAGAUCUACAGUUUAUUGUCAUUACAGCCAGGCUCAUUUGGCUUAGGCGUAAUGAGUACGUUUUCGAUGGAGAGUUUAUGGACCCAUCAGCUUUAUUUCGUAGAGCAACAGAGCAGCUAGCAACAUCUAAUUCUGCUGAUCAAUCACGCCGGGAUAAUCUGUUCAAACCAAACGUUUUUAUGGAAGCUAGGUGGAAGCCACCAAAUAUGGGUUCAGUCAAAGCUAAUUGGGAUGCUGCGGUAGAUCGAGGCAGCAGGAAGAUUGGUAUUGGCAUUGUGCUGCGUGAUUAUGAAGGGAAAUUUGUUGCACCUGGUACCUGUGUUUUAUCUGCUCCUCUUGACCCAGCUUAUGCGGAAGCAUAUGGUGUUCGGAAGCUUGCUGAUUUCUUGAGAGGUUUUCGUAAGAUUGAAGUGGAAGGUGAUGCACUAGAGAUCGUACAAGCCAUGCGCAGUGAUUCAAUCUGUAUGAGGAGUUAUGGUCGUUUGGUUGAAGGGCCUAAACACUUGCUUAACUCGGCAGUCCAAUGGGAGGCUAAACAUGUCAGAAGAUGUGGCAACAAGGCUGCCCAUUCUUAA